AGAUUUCCAGAUGCCAUCCUACUUACUUGCGUUGGAUCAUUUUAUGAAACAUAUUUCGAUCAAGCCAUCGAGCUUUCACAGCUACUGAACAUCAAGCAGGCCAAAUAUAAAUUUGCCGGACACGAUUAUCCAUUUUCAGGAUUUCCAAUCGCAUCUCUUGGAAGACAUCUCAAGACACUUGUACAAGAACAUCAACGUGUUGUAGUCAUUGCUGAACAAAUU